GUUAAGUUUACAAACAGUUCUGAUCAAUGGUGGUAUUUGUUCAUUGAUAAUAGAAUGCGAGAAUGGUGGUACAUUUAGGACACAAUCCAGAAGUACAAUCGAAACAGACGACCACCCGGCCCCGUACCCACUGGAACCCUGCACCUGGACACUGGAGGUGAGGCAAAGCUCGGUGGUCCUGCUGACCUUCAACACUUUCGAUGUCUGGCCGUGGACAACCCGAGGUUGUACCGGUGACUCUGUAACUAUCAUCGAUGGAGCCAGCAACGGCACCAAACUUGGUGAGUUUUGUGGGCAGGUCCUCCCGCCUGCCUUCGUCUCCACUGGGAACACCAUGACUGUCAUCAUGAAGGUGGGAAACUACCGGAACAGCUUCACGGGUUUCUCAGCUACAUUCAGACCAGCUCAGCCAGACCUGGACUCUGGCUGUAAUGACCUGUCAUCCUGGACUGAGUCCAGCAGGGGCGCCAUCGCAUCCAUGUUCUACGGCACUGAGAACUACGUUAACGACGCCUACUGUAGGUGGACAAUCACUGUCGUCACAGGGAAAUCCAUCCGCUUGACUUUCCCCAGAAGCUUUGAAGUCGACGUGGCGCUUGGUUGCAGUGGAGCAGAUAACCUCAAGGUCUCUGCAAAUGGCGUGGAGAUAGGGACAUACUGUGGUUCCAGUAAAGCCAACACAGGUCCUGCAGACAUUCUGUCCUGCUUCCAUGAGAUGACGGUGGAGUUCAGCACUGACUCCGCUGGGACAUCACCUGGCUUCAUUGCUGAGUUCUUUGAAAUAGACUGCAUGAGUACCACUACGGUUCGUCCUACUAGUGUGGUAUCUGGUUCAGGAGGCAGUACUAGCGGAGGUUCAGCUACUGAUGGCAGGGACACUACUACAGCUGCUGCUGCUACAACCACUUCACCAACAACUACAUUGAUGGCAACAACCCUGAAAGCUACGACACCUGUACAAACAAUGACACCCCCUCCUUCUACAGCUGACGCAUCAAGAAGGAUGUCCACUGCAUCCACAAGGAGGGAACCGACAACGGCUUCACCAACAACUACAUCAAUGGCACCCACGACCAUACCAGUGUCUACUAGUACAGUCACUACUUCUGCUGGGAGAAAUCCCAUCCCACACCCCAAACCAUCAGUCCAGUCAUGGAUCGUACCAACCGUGGUAGGGGGUGUACUGCUGGCUGUGAUACUGAUCAUCACAUGCUGCUGUAUCCAGUAUUGUGGAGAGGAUGAUUGUGAAGAUGAGUCAAGGGUCUAUGAGCAAUCCGAGACUGUCAAUCAGAGGCAAAAUUCAAACGAAAUCCAAAUCAUUAUGAUCAGCAACAUUAGGUGAGGAAGAAAGAAACAAAAGCAUGUCAUUGAACAACUUGUGCAACUUUGUCCACUGAAAGGUGGAUAGUAGUUACAACUGUAUACAUGCCAAAUAUUCAUCGCCUUGUGAACUUUUUAAGACAUAAUAUUUACUGAUGUCCUGGGCAAUAUUGUUGGCCCUUUUUUUCAACUAGUAUACUGUAUGUUUGUUUGUAACUUGUUGUAGGAGGAUGUGCAGAUUCUGUAACCUUGUACAUGAAUGUAGUCAAUAAGAUCACCAGGAGUACAUCUUCCUUCAUUUUCAUUUCUGUGUUAUUGCUGCCUUUAUAGGGUUCUGUACAACGUAUCUCAAUGUUUGCUAUGAAUCAAUGGCCAAACUGUUCAAAAACUCUUUACUAGUGGUGAACAAUCCAUCCUGUUACAUAUAGCAGAUUAUUCAAGUAGAUAAUGCCAGGAUAGACCCAGCUUUUGUAGGGACUAAUACAUGACUGAUGUAUAAGCAUGGUGUGACGACUAGCAGACCACUGCCAACAUGUGUUAGGGACCCAUGCUGCAACAUAGUCAAAUACUGGAACCAAUAUUACUAAUGAUACUCUACUAUAAUAAAGCUAUAACUGUUCUAUACAGGUACCAGUG